ACAAUAUCAAUAACCAAAAUAUGAUUAAUCUCCCUUACGUUUCUGGUCCAUCUACUUAUAAUGCAAACAUGAUCUCAUCAUCACAAGCCGGUUUUGAUCUACCCUCGAAGAACUUGAGUCCUCAAGGAGCGUUCGAGUUGGGUUUCGAGCUUUCUCCAUCUUCGUCCGACUUUUUUAAUCCUUCCAUCGAUCAAGAGAACGGUUUGUAUAAUGCUUAUAAUUAUAAUAGUAGUAAUAAGAGUCAUGAAGUUGUCGGUGGUGGUUGUGCAACCAUUAAGAGUGAAGUUAGGGUUUCGCCAUCUCCUUCUUCAAGUGAGGCCGAUCAUCACCCCGGCGAUGAUUCCGGCAAGAUCCGGAAGGAAAGAGAAGUUGGCGAUGGAGGAGACGAUGAUCAACGUUCUCAGAAAGUAGUUAAAACAAAGAAGAAAGAGGAGAAGAAAAAAGAGCCACGAGUCUCGUUUAUGACUAAGACCGAAGUUGAUCAUCUCGAAGACGGCUAUCGUUGGAGAAAGUACGGCCAAAAAGCAGUCAAAAACAGUCCUUAUCCGAGGAGUUACUAUAGAUGCACGACGCAGAAGUGCAACGUGAAGAAGAGAGUGGAGAGAUCUUACCAAGAUCCAACAGUCGUGAUCACAACCUACGAGAGUCAACACAACCAUCCGAUCCCGACCAAUCGCCGCACGACAAUGUUCUCUGGAACCACCGCAUCUGAUUAUAACCCAUCGUCAUCUCCAAUAUUUUCCGAUCUCAUCAUCAAUACUCCAAGAAGCUUCUCAAAUGAUGAACUCUUCCGUGUGCCAUACGCUAGUAUAAAUGUGAACCCUAAUUACCAUCAACAGCAACAUGGAUUCCAUCAACAGGAGAGUGAGUUCGAGCUCUUGAAGGAGAUGUUUCCUUCGGUUUUCUUCAAGCAAGAGCCUUGAUGAUAUACUAUAAUACUGAAACAAUUUUUCUUUUCUUUUUUUGCUAAGAAAUAUAGAAACAACUUGGAUGCAUAAUAAGUGAUAGUGUUAUUU